AUGAAAGCGAUCACAACAAGACCCAAAUUCAAACAUUUUCCCUCGUUCCCUUUCUCUUCUUCAUCAACUACAUUGUCCGCCAUAACCAAACCAAGUCUUAUCAGAAUCCCUUUUGACCAUCCAAUCCCACAAACACUUUUUCAGCUACUAAAGCAGCGUCCUCGACUCCCUCAGCUUAAGCAAAUCCAUGGCAGAGUUUUCACCGUGGCACUUUCAUCUCACUCUUCUUUGACCACCUCUCUUAUUAACUGUUAUCUCUCUUUGAAGGACCUCAAUAGUGCUAGAACACUAUUUGAUGGCUACCCUUCUUCUUUGGCCCCCACUCUUGUAUGGAACCUCAUGAUUAGAGCUUAUUCAAAGUUACACAACUCCCAAGAAUCCAUUUUUCUUUUCAGUCAAAUGCUGACCUCUUCUUUGCCUGACAAGUACACGUUCACAUUCGUGCUCACUUCCUGUUCGCAUCAGAUAUCUUCACACCAUGGAGAAAUAUUUCAUGGGUUGGUGGUGAAAAAUGGGCUCGAGUCUGAUUUGUUUGUGGGCAAUGCGGUGAUUAACAUGUUUGCUGUUUUUGAAAGAAUGGAGGACGCCCGGAAAGUGUUUGAUGAAAUGUCUGAGAGAGAUGCUUUCACGUGGACUAGUCUUUUACGUGGGUAUGCGAAACGUGGAGAGAUUAGCAAAGCUUGUGAACUGUUUGAUGGGAUGCCAUUGCGCAAUGAAGUGUCGUGGGCUGUUAUGAUAUCCGGUUUUGUUGGCUGUGAGAGGCAUAUUGAAGCUCUCGAUUGUUUUCAUGACAUGUUGUAUGAAGGCAAGGUGAAGCCUAAUGAGGCUAUCCUUGUUUCAGUUCUGUCUGCUUGUGCUCAUCUUGGUGCUUUAGAUCAAGGGAAGUGGGUACACAAAUAUAUAGAUGCUACUGGAAUCUCAUUUAGCAAUAAUAUAGUUACUGCUCUAAUUGAUAUGUAUGCAAAGUGUGGAAAAAUAGACCGAGCAAACCAGGUUUUUUGUAGAAUUCCCAAACGGGAUGUCUUUAACUAUACAAGCAUGAUCAAUGGUUUAUCAAUUCACGGACGUGGUAAAGAUGCUGUUCAAGUUUUCAUUCAAAUGUUGGUGGAAAAUGUUAUGCCCAAUGGCAUUACAAUUCUAGGACUACUAAAUGGAUGUAGUCACUCAGGUUUAGUAGAUGAGGGUUCUUCAGUUUUCUUCCGUAUGGAAAGCUCAUGGGGAAUCACUCCUAAGAUAGAACACUAUGGGUGCUAUAUUGAUUUACUUGGCCGCGCUGGGCAUUUGGAAAGGGCGUAUGAAGUUGUCAAGAGUAUGCCAAUGCAACCUGACAUAGUUAUAUGGAGGUCUUUGCUGAGCGCUUGUAAAAUCCAUCGUGAUGUCAAACUAGGGGAGCGAAUUUCAAGGCAGAUUGAGCUGUUAGACCAUAAUGGACAAAGUGAAGGCAAGGUGCUUCUCUCAAAUUUGAAUGCCUCUCUUGGUAAAUGGGAGAGAGUUGCAGAACUGAGACAUUUGAUGGGUGAGAAAAGAAACCAGUCCAGCCCGGGGCAUAGCUUGAUUGAAGUCAAUGGAGUAAUUCACGAGUUUCGAGUUGCCGACCGAUCACAUCCUCGGAUUGCACAGAUUCAAGAAAAGUUAAGUGAAGUUCUGAAACGGGCUCAAUUAGGAGGCUAUAAUUCUAAUACAAGUCAAGUUUCCUUUGAUUUGAGUGAAGAAGACAAAGAGCAAGCAGUCACAAACCAUAGUGAGAAGUUAGCCGUGGCUUUUGGGCUAAUGAGUACCGAGCCUGGGACUUCAAUUAGGAUUGUUAAAAAUCUAAGGACAUGUGAUGAUUGCCAUUCAGCUUUGAAGGCCAUAUCCCUAGUUUAUAAGAGAGAAUUAAUCAUCAGAGACCGUUCUCGUUUCCACACUUUCAAAGAGGGGACAUGCUCAUGCAAUGAUUAUUGGUAGUUUUCACUUUUUGUAAUAUAAUCAAAUCCAAGUUGAAUGAUUAUUACUGAUAUGAGAAUUACCAUGUCUGAGGCUGCUUCUUAUGUACCAAGCUGGAAAGUUAUUUCAGAAAAUAAUAAGAUUUUAUCCAUUGAGGUUAUAAAAAGGAACUACUGUAAAGGCUAGAAUAUUAAGAAAGUAUAUACUGCAUCUCGAAGCAAUGAUCUAAAAUUUCAGGUGAUGUGUUCAGAAUACAGACAACUCUUACGUGAUGCUAUAAGUUUGUUCAACAGUGGCAAACAUCAGAUGGCCCGCAGGAAAGAUCAUUAUGUAUUAUUGUUGGAAUCUGAAGAGACCCAAAUGCAUAAUUGACAGAAGUUUCAUGCUUAGAAAAAGCUCUCUGGUGAGCUGGUCUGGAUUGUCUUACUCUAAAAAAGUUGCCCAUUAAGUGGAGCAAUAUUCCUAAAGUGAUAAAGUUAAUAACAAAUGAAAUGGAAAAAGGGAAAUAGAGGCAAAAAAGAUGGUAUCUUUAGCUAUGUUAGCCUCUGUUUUUCUUGCUCCUGGAUGCUGAAGGCAAGAAAGAGGAAUAUUAUAAAGGAGAAAACAAAAUGGCACGGGUAUGAGAAGUUUCUGCUACUUCCAGCGCACUAAAAAAAGAUCUUUUUGAUGGUGUCUCUCACUCUCUUACUCUAUAAAAGGUCAAAAAAGCAGUAGUACUACAAUUCUAAUGAUUGAUUACAGGUAAUCUUGCUAAUUUUAUGGCUCUCUUUUCUGCUAAAAAAAGCAUACUUUGUGCUAAUGAAUGCGUUAUAUAUCAUGCAUUAUGAAGAUAAAUUCUCAUACUACUUUUUCUUUAGGGCUCUGCCGUUUUGUCCAUCAUGACUGCGUGCAUGCAUGAUAGACACCUUUUCUUCUAAUUAUUAUUACUAUUCACUUUUUUAUUAUUAUUAUUAUUUUAAUUCUUACUGCACUAUCAAUAAGAUAUUUGUGGCUUUCAUAUGAUAUUUGGCACUAGGCUUAGCUGAAACAAACUUCGCAGUGUUUACUGAGUUUUCUUGGAAAUAAAAAACUGACAAAGGCUUCCUAUGACAUGUUAUACGGUUAUUUGAUAAAAUUUAAUGUCUAGUCCCACUUAUUCCAAUCUAAAUUAGAAUAUAUGAAAAUUCUAUUUAAUUACACCAAUAAUAAUAUAUCAUGUUAUACUAUGUUGGGCACUAUAAGGUACCUUGUAGCAAUACUUGAGUAACUAGAGGCAUUAUUUAUGA